AACCCUUUAAUCACUUUUCAAUGCUCUAAAAUGCUUAGUCCACCCACUUUCCUUCUUGUAGACUUGAGCCCUACAAACGACUCCCAUUCUUUUAUGGAUCCCCCGACUUGCUGCUACUUUCUAACCCUAACCCUAAGUUCCCAGUGCUUAGACCCCCCGAACUGGUAUAUUGAUGGGUGCUCUUUAAGGCUAUGCCACUGUCACAGGCAACACUACCUCAGGGCUCCACCCGCACCCCAACACUGCCUCAAGGCAGGCAGAGGCCAUCACCCUUUACCAGGGCCCCACACUAGCACAAAAAGAAAAGCUUGGUGUCUACGCUGACUCUAAAUACACACACCACAUCCUUCUGCCUUCAUCUGGCAAGAGAGGGGCUCUCCAGUAAUGUCACAGGCCACCAGCAGUGGUAGCUAUCCACCGUGGCCACCACCGUGGCCCAAGGCCACACUCAGGGCUUGUGACAGAAGCCAAGGUAAAGGGAAUCUGUCACUGGCUACAUCUAAGCUCAAAAGCGGCUCUAGACCCUGAUUCUAAGACUUCCAACCCUUCUGGGACCCUCCACCUGUUUGUGUUUCUGCUCUCACAGGUCCGGUCUCCGUAAGGAUAACCGGCACAACCCGGAGAUUCCCUGACUCCUCGGUCACUCCUGGACCAAGUGACUGGACCUCAGAGUUCUCAGGACCACUUCCCUGUGUCUGUCUGCCACCACCGCCAGCCACCCCGGAAGAGCCAUGAUGAUCCGCCCUUGGGUUCUCUGUCUCCUCCUCGUUUCUUACCCCUCUGCCUGUUCUGAGAGUUGGGUGCCGCUCAUAAACCUCGCCCACCGCUUCCUCAAGGACACCAACUCCUCCUUCUCUUCUGACUGCUGGGUGUGUUUGCCCAUCCAAACCCAGCGCUCUCUAGCCGUCCCAGCCCCACUAACAACUUGGACCGACUCACCCAUGAAACUUCAUAUUACAUACUCGACCCGGACCCUCUCCGGCCCUUAUCCUAUCGCCGACCUUGAAAAACGCCUCCAGAAUUUCCAACCUUUAACUGCGUAUUACUCGUUCGCCAAUCCCGACCGCCGGGCUAUUGCUCUUCUUCAGCUCACGAGCUUAACAGGCAUACUCCCGCUACUUUCCCGACUCACCUCUGUGAAAUAUACUGACGAUCGCGUCUAUGAAUCCGCCCAGCGCCCCAUAUGGGGGCCGCUCUCUACGCAGACCCUUCUUGCCUCCCAGGCCCCUCUCUGUGUAUCCCGUUUCUUCAAGGAUUCAAAAUAUGCCACCUUCGUGGGCAAUCUCUCUGCCUCCCUCUGCAACCACACCUUCCGUCUUUUGCCCUCGGCGGACCACCAAUCCAUUGACCUGUCCACCAGCUAUGCCUUUGCCGAACUAACGACCAUGCCAGGCUCUAAGUGGAGAAACCCCUUACGCUUUUCAGGACCCCCUUCCCUAACCGCAGGGCAGCCUUACUACCCUUGCCCGGCCAAUGACAUCCAUUGUCACACCUACCCAACCACUCCCUGGAGGCACUGUCCUUCCCGUCCAUCUAGCACCUGCUACAACCUCACGCUGUUUGAACCAGCCGACAGAAAUGACUCCGUCAGCCUGUCUGUGGACACCACAUACUUCAAGAUUAAACUCCAGGGACACAAAGAUCCCUAUCCACUCUUUCAGUACCAGCCCCUCAUGGGGGCAGCCCUCUCUGGACAAUAUUCAAUCUGGGAAUAUGAACCCACCGUCCAGGAAAAUGGGGACGUCACCCCAAACAUCCUCUCCCAUCUUCUCUCCUUAACGUACUCCUUUUGUCUCAACUCCUCCGGCGUCUUCUUCCUCUGCGGAAGCUCCACGUACGUCUGUCUUCCGGCCAAUUGGUCGGGCGUCUGUACCCUUGUCUUUCAAUACCCAAACAUUGAACUCCUUCCCAGUAACCAAACCAUAACCGUCCCCCUUUUCGCUACAAUUCCCUCCUCGGUCUCCACUUCUCGCGGGAAGAGAGCCGUUCACCUCCUCCCUCUGCUCGUGGGCCUGGGCAUCACUUCCGCCCUCGGGUUAAGCAUCGCUGGCGUCACCACUUCAACCAUCUAUUUCCAACAGCUUUCGAAGGCUCUCUCAGACAGCCUAGAUGAAAUAGCCACCUCCAUUAUUACCCUCCAAGACCAAAUAGACUCGCUGGCGGGCAUCGUCCUCCAAAACCGGAGAGCUCUAGACCUCAUGACGGCCGAGAAAGGGGGCACCUGCCUCUUCCUGCAGGAAGAGUGCUGCUUCUAUGUAAACCAGUCUGGAGUAGUCCGGGACGCAGCCAGGAAACUCGGAGAAAGAGCAUCUGAAUUCCGCCCGAGCUCCAGCUCUUGGAUCCAGGGGCUGGGGUUGGGAUACUGGCUGCCCUCGUGGUUGUCAUCCCUCUUGGGACCCAUUUUCUUUCUCCUCUUUCUGCUCAUUUUCGGGCCUUGUCUUCUUAACUGCCUGACUCAUUUUGUAUCCCAGCGAAUGAGUUCUUUCAUUCAGAACACUACCAAAGGGCACGUGGACAAGAUUCUUCUGCUUCGAGAUUCCCAAUACAAGAGACUUCCUCAGCAGCCCACGGAGGAGAAUGCAGUCUAGCAGGAAGGGACCAGAGACGCAG